CACACCAUGACUCGCGUACUUCUCACCGGUGGGAGCGGCUUCAUCGCUGCCCAUGUCCUGGAAACCCUCCUGGCCCGCGGCCACUCCGUCGUCACCACCGUUCGAUCGCAGACCAAGGCCGACGCCAUCCAGAAGGCCCACCCAGAUGUCAACCAGGAUCGCUUGUCGUUUGCUAUUGUUGAAGAUAUUGCCCAGCCGAACGCUUUUGACCGCGCGGUGGUCUCGGAUCCUCCUUUCGAAGCUGUCAUCCACACUGCCAGUCCCUAUCACUUUCACGCUAAGGAUGCAAAGGAGUUGUUGUUGCCAGCCGUCACGGGCACCACGGGGAUCCUGCAGUCGGUGAAGAAGUAUGCUCCGCUGGUCAAGCGCGUCGUGGUGACAUCUUCCUUUGCUGCCAUCAACGAUGUCUUCGCCUCUGCCGCUGGCAAGGUAUACUCGGAGGCAGACUGGAGUCCCAUCACCGAAGCCCAGGCCAACGACAGCCCCGCCAACGCCUACCGAGCCAGCAAGACGUUCGCUGAACGAGCCGCCUGGGACUUCGUCGAACGCGAGAAGCCCAACUUCACCCUCUCCGUGAUGAACCCCCCGCUCGUCCUCGGCCCGAUCACCCACCACCUCACCUCCCUCGACGCCAUCAACACCUCCAACCAGCGCAUCCGGGACCUGCUCUCCGGCGCGGCCAAGCACCGCUGCCCGCCCACGGGCAACUACCUGUUCGUGGACGUCCGCGACCUCGCUCUGGCGCACGUCCUCGCCGUCGAGAAGGAGGCUGCCGGCGGCAAGCGCUUCUUCACGGUGUCGAGCCACUUCUCCAACGCGGAGAUCGUCGCCAUCAUCGCCGAGGAGUUCCCGCAGUACAGGGACCGGCUGCCCACGGGCGACGCGCUGAAGCCCGGCCAGUACCCGGCCGACGGGGUGUACGGGUUCGACAACACGCGGGCGCGCGAGAUUCUGGGGGUGCAGUUCCGGCCGCUGCGGGAGAGUAUUGUGGAUGCGGUGAAGAGUUUGUUGCCUCUUGGGGCGGAUAAGUAUCAAGGCGAGGCGGGGCCGGAGCGGUAGGUUGGACAAUCCACCCGGUGGG